AAGCGGAUUGUUGCUGAGGGCACAUUCAGCUGUCAGAGAUAACGCCGCUCGCUCCGCCACUUCUCCCGUACCUGGAGUUUCACGGCCAUGGAUUUAAACCUGGGGAUAGCGCGCUGUAAAUGAUCCCUCGCUGACCCACUUGAACGCUUUUGCCUGCUCUUGUCUUUGCCGCCUUCUUUUGCUUCGUGCCAGUCCAAACCUUAGGCACCAUGUCAGACAAGAUGUCAAGUUUCCUCCACAUAGGGGACAUUUGCUCCCUGUAUGCAGAAGGAUCCACCGCUGGAUUCAUCAGCACUUUGGGACUUGUGGAUGACCGCUGUGUGGUACAACCAGAUACUGGUGACCUUAACAACCCCCCCAAGAAAUUCAGAGAUUGCCUUUUCAAGCUGUGCCCCAUGAACAGAUACUCUGCACAGAAACAGUUCUGGAAAGCUGCUAAACCUGGAGGCAACAGCACCACAGAUACAGUGCUCCUCAACAAACUCCAUCAUGCUGCCGAUUUGGAAAAGAAACAAAAUGAGUCUGAAAACCGCAAGCUGCUGGGAACCAUCAUCCAGUAUGGAAAUGUCAUUCAGUUAUUACAUUUGAAAAGCAAUAAAUACCUGACAGUCAACAAACGGCUGCCUGCACUUUUGGAGAAGAAUGCCAUGAGAGUGACUCUGGAUUCUGCAGGAAACGAAGGCUCCUGGUUCUACAUCCAGCCCUUCUACAAGCUUCGCUCCCUGGGAGACAGUGUGGUCAUUGGAGAUAAAGUGGUCCUUAAUCCUGUCAAUGCUGGUCAGCCUCUUCAUGCCAGCAGCCAUCAGCUGGUGGACAACCCUGGUUGUAAUGAGGUUAAUUCUGUUAAUUGUAACACAAGUUGGAAAGUUGUCCUUUUUAUGAAGUGGAGUGACAACAAGGAAACCAUACUGAAAGGGGGGGAUGUAGUCCGGUUGUUUCAUGCAGAACAAGAGAAAUUUCUGACCUGUGAUGACUACAAAAAGAAGCAACAUGUAUUUCUAAGAACAACUGGCCGGCAAUCGGCAACAUCUGCUACCAGCAGCAAAGCACUGUGGGAAAUAGAGGUGGUCCACCAUGAUCCCUGCAGAGGAGGUGCUGGAUAUUGGAAUAGUCUGUUUAGGUUUAAGCACUUGGCAACAGGGUGCUACUUGGCUGCUGAAGUUGGUGAGGUUAAUCAGGACUUUGAGGAGGAGAGUGCUGAGCAGCGGUCUGCUGUGGCAGAUUUUACACCCUUCAAUUUUCAGUUAGAUGCAGACAAUGAAGCGCUGAGGGGCCGUCUACGGGCUCCUCAGGAGAAGAUCAUGUAUACUCUGGUACCAGUUCCAGAUGGCAUGGAUAUUUCAUCUAUCUUUGAGCUGGACCCUACAACUUUGAGAGGCGGGGACUCUAUGGUCCCAAGGAGUUCCUACGUGAGGCUAAGGCAUCUCUGCACCAAUACAUGGGUUCACAGUACAAACAACCCUAUCGAUAAAGAGGAAGAGAAACCUGUGAUGUUAAGGAUAGGAACAUCUGCAGUUAAAGAAGAUAAGGAAGCCUUUGCCAUUGUGCCAGUGCCCCCAGCAGAAGUACGAGAUUUAGAUUUUGCCAAUGAUGCAAGUAAAGUACUGGCAUCUAUAGCUGGAAAACUUGAAAAGGGUACCAUCACACAAAAUGAAAGAAGAUUUGUCACCAAACUCUUGGAGGAUUUGGUUUUCUUUGUGGUGGACAUUCCCAACAGUGGGCAGGAUGUUUUGGAGAUUAUGGUUAACAAGCCAAACAGGGAACGGCAAAAACUUAUGAGAGAACAAAAUAUUUUGAAGCAGAUUUUCAAAUUACUUCAGGCACCUUUCACAGACAGUGGUGAUGGGCCAAUGCUUCGGCUAGAGGAGCUUGGAGACCAACGGCAUGCACCUUUUAGGCAUAUUUGUAGACUAUGUUAUAGAGUCCUGCGACAUUCCCAGCAGGAUUAUAGAAAAAAUCAGGAGUAUAUAGCUAAACAAUUCCGCUUCAUGCAAAAACAAAUUGGAUAUGAUGUGCUUGCAGAAGACACAAUAACUGCUUUAUUACAUAACAACAGAAAACUACUCGAGAAACAUAUCACUGCUGCUGAAAUAGACACAUUUGUGACUCUUGUGAGGAAGAACCAAGAACCAAGGUUUCUUGACUACUUGUCGGAUCUCUGUGUGUCUAUGAAUAAAUCCAUUCCUGUAACACAAGAGCUCAUCUGCAACGCAGUGCUGGACCAAAGCAAUGCUGACAUUCUCAUUGAAACAAAACUGGUGCUGUCGAGAUUUGAGAUUGAGAUCUCACCAAAUGGAGAGACUCCAGUGGAGGCAGAGGAUGAAGAGGAGGUAUGGCUCUUCUGGAAGGACAACUGUAAAGAGAUCAGGAGUAAGAGCGUCCGUGAGCUGGCUCAGGAUGCCAAGGAGGGCCAAAAAGAGGACCUGGAAGUGGUCAGCUACUAUAGAUGCCAGCUGAAUCUGUUUGCCAGGAUGUGUCUGGACCGCCAAUACCUUGCCAUCAAUAAGAUCUCAGGUCAGCUGGACGUGGACUUGAUCCUUCGCUGCAUGUCUGAUGAGGACCUGCCGUUCGACCUGCGUGCCUCUUUCUGCCGCCUGAUGCUGCACAUGCACGUGGACAGAGACCCACAGGAACAAGUCACUCCUGUGAAAUAUGCACGACUGUGGUCUGAGAUCCCUUCUCAAAUCGCCAUUGAUGAUUAUGACAAUGAUGGGACCACAAGAGAUGAGAUCAAGGAACGGUUCUGCCUCACCAUGGAUUUUGUGGAGAAUUACCUUCGAGAGGUGGUGUCACAGAACAUCCCUUUUUCUGACAAGGAGAAAAAUAAGCUUACUUUUGAGGUAGUAAACCUGGCAAGAAACCUCAUCUACUUUGGUUUCUACAACUUCAGUGACUUGCUUCGAUUGACCAAAAUAUUACUGAAUAUUUUAGACUGUGUGCAUGUCAGCACCAUAUAUCCCAUAAACAAGAUAGAGAAGGGUGAAGAAAGCAAAGGUAGUAAUGUGAUGAAGUCCAUUCAUGGAGUGGGAGAGUUGAUGACACAGGUGGUGCUGCGGGGAGGGGGCUUACUGCCCACUACACCCACACACCAACCUGAAGGAGACGUGCCCAAAACACAAGUGGAGCCUGAAAGGGAGGACAUCAUGGUCAUGGACACAAAGCUUAAGAUCAUUGAAAUCCUACAGUUCAUUCUCAAUGUACGCUUGGACUACCGGAUUUCCUGCCUGCUUUGUAUCUUUAAAAGGGAGUUUGAUGAGAACAACAAACAAGAUGAAAACGCUGUCAGCCAAAAUGGAGGCAAUAACAUCCCAUCACAAAUUCCUGGAAAUUUGGACUUUGAGAAUAUUGAAGAGCAAGCUGAAGGAAUCUUUGGGGGAAGUGAGGAGAAUACCCCAUUAGACCUUGAUGACCAUGGGGGGCGUACUUUCCUCCGAGUCCUGCUACACCUGACCAUGCAUGACUACCCUCCCCUUGUGUCUGGAGCUCUUCAUCUGCUCUUUAGACAUUUUAGUCAGAGACAGGAAGUUCUCAUGGCGUUUAAACAAGUGCAGCUGCUUGUGACCAGUCAAGAUGUAGACAACUAUAAGCAGAUCAAGUCAGAUCUUGAUCAGCUUCGAUCUAUAGUUGAGAAAUCAGAAUUAUGGGUUUACAAAAGGCAAGGAGAGGAUGGAAUGGAUGGAGAUGGCCCUGAAUCUGAUGGCAAAAAGAAGGGUGAUUCAAGUUCAGAUGGAAAGAACUCUGAAAGUACCAGCAAUUAUAACUAUAGAGUUGUGAAAGAGAUCCUGUUGAGACUCAGUAAGUUGUGUAUUCAAGAGGGAAGCUCAGGGAAGAAGAGCAGAAAACAACAGCAAAGACUUCUCAGGAACAUGGGAGCUCAUAGUGUGGUUCUGGAGCUGCUGCAAAUCCCUUAUGAGAAGGGUGAGGAUAUCCGCAUGCAAGAGAUAAUGAAACUGGCUCAUGAGUUCCUUCAAAACUUCUGUUCAGGGAACCAACAAAACCAGACUCUUCUUCACAAACAUAUCAACUUAUUUCUUAACCCAGGGAUUCUAGAGGCCAUCACCAUGCAGCACAUCUUCAUGAAUAAUUUUCAGUUGUGCAGUGAAAUCAACGAGCGAGUAGUUCAGCACUUUGUCCACUGCAUCGAGUCUCACGGUCGUCACGUUCAGUAUCUCAAGUUCCUGCAGACUAUUGUGAAAGCCGAAAACAAAUUCAUCAAGAAAUGCCAGCAGGACAUUGUUAUGGCUGAGCUUGUAAACUCAGGUGAAGACGUUCUGGUGUUCUACAAUGACCGAGCAUCCUUUCAGACUCUAGUACAAAUGAUGCGAUCAGAGCGGGACCGUAUGGAUGAAAACAGUCAACUUAUGUACCAUAUACACCUGGUGGAGCUGCUGGCUGUCUGCACCGAGGGCAAAAAUGUUUACACUGAGAUCAAAUGCAACUCGCUGCUGCCUCUGGAUGAUAUUGUUCGAGUUGUUACACAUGAAGACUGUAUUCCUGAGGUGAAGAUUGCCUAUAUAAACUUUCUAAACCACUGUUACGUGGAUACAGAGGUUGAAAUGAAGGAGAUCUAUACAUCCAAUCAUAUGUGGAAGCUUUUUGAGAACUUUCUGGUGGAUAUUUGUAGGGUGUGCAACAACACCAGUGACAGGAAACAUGCGGACACCAUGCUGGAGCGUUACGUAACUGAAACAGUCAUGAGCAUCGUCACAUGUUUCUUCAGCUCUCCUUUCUCUGACCAAAGCACAAGUCUUCAGACUCGCCAGCCAGUGUUUGUUCAACUUCUUCAGGGAGUUUUCCGAGUUUAUCACUGUAACUGGUUGAACCCUGUUCAAAAAGCAUCAGUUGAGGCAUGUAUUAAAGUUCUCUCAGAUGUGGCUAAGAGUCGAGCCAUUGCCAUCCCAGUGGACCUGGACAGCCAGGUCAACAAUCUUUUUGUCAAGUCCAAUAAUGUCGUACAGAAGAGCAUCCUCAACUGGAGACUAUCAGCUAAAAACACUUCACGGCGAGACUCUGGCGUGACUACCUCCAAGGAUUAUAGAAAUAUCAUUGAAAGACUGCAGGAUAUUGUGUCUGCAUUAGAGGAUCGUCUGAGACCACUGGUCCAAGCUGAACUCUCUGUCCUAGUUGAUGUCCUGCAUCGUCCAGAGCUGCUCUUCCCUGAAAACACUGAUGCUCGCAGAAAAUGUGAAAGUGGGGGCUUUAUAUCAAAGCUUAUCAAACAUACCAAGCAGCUAUUGGAGGAGAAUGAAGAGAGACUCUGUAUUAAAGUCUUGCAGACAUUGAGAGAAAUGAUGUCCAAAGACCGUGGCUAUGGGGAGAAGGGUGAAGCUCUACGCCAAAUCUUGGUCAAUCGUUACUAUGGCAAUGUCAAAUCUGGACAACGGCGAGAGAGCGUCACUUUUAGCAGUGGACCUGUGACUUCUGGCACCCCAGGAAAAUCACCAGCAGUUGUAAGUUCUGGAAUCGGUGGCCGAGGAGAGCUGAGUUUGGCUGAGGUCCAGUGCCACCUGGACAGAGAGGGAGCUUCUGACCUGGUGAUAGACCUUAUCAUGAAUGCCACCAGUGAUCGGAUCUUCCAGGAGAGUAUCCUUUUGGCCAUAGCACUGCUGGAGGGCGGGAACACAGUCAUUCAGAGGUCCUUCUACCAUCGUCUAACAGGUGACAAUAAGUCUGAGAAGUUCUUCAAAGUCUUCUAUGAGCGCAUGAAGCUUGCCCAGCAGGAGAUUAAAGCCACUGUGACAGUCAACACCAGUGACCUGGGCAGCAAGAAGAAAGAUGAGGAGCCACCUGAUAAAGACACACCUGCAAGGAAGAAAGUGAAAGAUGUGCCAGUGGUGGCCGUGGUAACGGAGGAGAUGAAGGAGCAGCUGGUGGAGGCUUCAGUUGUCACCAAAAAGGCCUUUAACACUUACCGCCGCGAGGCAGAGGCAGAGGAGCAUCAGGCAGGAGCAGACGGCGCCCCCCUGGCUCCAGUUGACAAGAGCCAGGAUGAGAACGAGAUGAGUGUCAUCAUCACCAUCAUGCAGCCCAUCUUACGCCUAAUGCAGCUGCUCUGUGAGAACCACAACAGAGAUCUACAGAAUUUCUUGCGCAACCAAAAUAACAAAAACAACUACAACUUGGUGUGUGAGACUCUUCAGUUCCUGGACUGCAUUUGUGGGAGCACUACAGGAGGCUUGGGUCUUUUGGGACUCUACAUCAAUGAGAAGAAUGUAGGAUUAAUUAACCAGACUGUUGAGAGCCUGACUGAAUACUGCCAGGGCCCAUGCCAUGAAAACCAGAACUGCAUUGCUACUCAUGAGUGCAAUGGCAUUGACAUCAUCAUCGCACUCAUUCUCAAUGAUAUUAAUCCUCUUGGCAAGAAGAGAAUGGACCUGGUGCUUGAACUUAAAAACAAUGCCUCCAAGCUUCUUCUUGCUAUAAUGGAAAGUCGACAUGAUAGCGAGAAUGCUGAAAGAAUACUUUACAACAUGAGGCCCAAAGAGCUGGUGGAGGUGAUCAAAAAGGCCUACAUGCAGGGUGAAAUAGAGGUGGAGGAACCUUCUGAAGGUGAGGACGCUGAAGAGGAGCACUCUGCAUCUCCACGCAAUGUUGGCCAUAACAUAUAUAUAUUGGCACAUCAAUUGGCCCGUCACAACAAAGAGCUACAGGCCAUGUUGAAGCCAGGAGGCACCUAUGGAGAAGGAGACGAGGCUCUGGAGUUCUACGCCAAACACACUGCUCAAAUUGAGAUUGUGCGUCUUGACCGCACCAUGGAGCAGAUUGUCUUUCCCGUGCCCAAUAUCUGUGAGUUCCUCACACAAGAGUCCAAGCUGCGUGUCUACUAUAGCACAGAGCGCGACGAGCAAGGCAGUAAGAUCAAUGAUUUCUUCCUCCGUUCUGAGGACCUCUUCAAUGAAAUGAUCUGGCAGAAGAAGCUGCGAGCUCAGCCCAUCUUGUACUGGUGCUCCAGGAACAUGUCCUUUUGGAGCAGCAUCUCUUUCAACCUGGCUGUCCUCAUGAACCUGUUGGUGGCAUUCUUCUAUCCAUUGGAAGGUUUCCGUGGAGGCACCUUGGAACCCCAUCUAUCUGCUUUGUUGUGGGUGGCCAUGUUCGUGUCCUUGGGGAUUGUUAUUGUCUUGCCUCAGCCUCAUGGUAUCCGGGCGCUUAUAGCAUCUACCAUCCUUCGCCUUAUAUUCUCUGUGGGUUUGGAGCCAACGCUGCUGCUGCUUGGGUGUUUUAAUUUAUGUAAUAAAGUGAUUUUCCUAAUGAGUUUCGUGGGAAAUCGUGGAACGUUCACAAGGGGAUACAAAGCCAUGAUCCUGGAUGUGGAAUUUCUCUACCACCUUCUCUACCUGAUCAUCUGCACUUUAGGGGUUUUUGUGCACGUCUUCUUCUACAGCCUGCUGCUCUUUGAUUUGAUUUAUCGAGAAGAGACCUUGCUGAAUGUGAUAAAAAGUGUCACCCGCAAUGGCCGCUCCAUUGUCCUGACUGCAGUGCUGGCCCUCAUCCUCGUGUACCUCUUCUCCAUUGUGGGAUACAUUUUCUUUAAAGAUGACUUUAUUCUGGCAGUGGACAGGAUACCCAAUAAAACACUAGAGCAUGGAGCGAGCAUGGUUGGAGAGUUCUUCUCAGGAGGUGUGUGUCGAAAAGAAAAUGGUGAAAACUGCUCAUCUCAGACUACAACAGAUGCUGUUGUUGCCGUCCAGCCGUCAGCUGUGGUCAUAGAAGACAAGGAAAGAACUUGUGACUCUCUUCUCAUGUGCAUUGUAACGGUCCUGAGUCACGGCCUGAGGAGUGGAGGAGGAGUGGGAGAUGUGCUGCGCAAGCCCUCCAAAGAGGAGCCCCUGUUUGCAGCCAGAGUCAUCUACGACCUGCUCUUCUUCUUUAUGGUCAUCAUCAUUGUCCUCAAUCUCAUUUUUGGUGUCAUCAUUGAUACAUUUGCUGACUUAAGAAGUGAGAAGCAGAAAAAGGAGGAAAUUCUGAAGACCACCUGUUUUAUUUGUGGUUUGGAAAGGGAUAAGUUUGACAAUAAGACUGUGACUUUUGAGGAGCACAUAAAAGUUGAGCACAACAUGUGGCACUACCUGUUUUUCAUUGUGCUGGUGAAAGUGAAGGACUCCACUGAAUACACUGGACCUGAGAGCUAUGUGGCAGAAAUGAUAAGGGAUCAUAACCUGGACUGGUUUCCUCGCAUGCGGGCCAUGUCUUUGGUGAGCAGUGAUGCAGAUGGAGAGCAGAAUGAGAUCCGAAACCUGCAGGAGAAGCUUGAGUCCACCAUGAAGCUGGUGUCCAACCUGUCGGGUCAGCUGACCGAGCUCAAAGAACAGAUGACAGAGCAGAGGAAACAGAAGCAGCGGAUUGGUCUCCUCGGACACCCUCAACACAUGAACGUCAACCCACAACAGCCUGCUUAGAAGAUAGUGAAAAAAGGAGCGGCAUUGCAUAUAAUGUACAUUGUAACGGUAGGGUAACCUAGCCUAUGUGUAGCUCUACCCAAGCACUCAAACUCUGUCCAUUUCAUUCUGUGUUUUAGUUGGUGCCAAAUGAAGUAGUACGAUCAAGGCCUUUCCUAAUUUUACUUUGCGGUAUUUUUUUCAGUACUGAGUCUUUUUUUUUUGUUUGUUUGUUGUGUAAUAUCUAAACUUAUGCAAACUCGUGUGGGUCAGCCGUACAUAGACACAAAAUGUUUGUUUUUGUAACUGGAUAUUAUAAGGGGAUGUUGGUUGUACUUAGUUAAAUGUAGAGGUAUUUAAUAAGCUGGACUUUUUAAGUGUACUCUUCUUUUGUCGAUAAUAGAGAUUAGUAUAUUGGGCAAAAGCAAUAUAUUUAGAUUUUUAUAUGUCAAAAAAUAAUAAUUGACAUAUUUCUGUGAUAACCUGUUUUAUAAAUUCUGCUUUAUGUAAAAUGGCUUAAUGUGUUGUAAUUUUCUGUCUUUCCUUGUCACCCAUGCUUUUAUGACUCAGGAGCUGUGAAUUUAUGAAGUUAAGCACAUUUUUUCUCUUCUCAUAUGUGCCUCUUUUGUCUGUAUUUCUUUUUUGUAAAUGUUAAAAUUUUAUUAUUUUGCUAUUCCAAUUAUUUUUUUUAGAGAAAUGUGUUGCUUUGCGUGUAUAGCUUUGUAUAGACUGCAGAAAUGGAAAUUGUUUCACAAAAUGUAUGUUAGGAUAAAUUUGAAAUCACUAUGAGGAAAUUUGUAUAUUGAAGUAGAACUAUUUAUUAAACUGUUGCAUUUA